GUCGCCGACCCAGCGCGCCGGAUGAGUGCCGCAGAUGCCCUGCGGCACCCAUGGCUCCGAGAACAUGAUGCCGCCGUGGCGAGCUCCCGAGCCCAGGUCUUGGACAAGUCCGUUUUCGACGGGCUUUGCAAGUACCAGGCAUCGAGCAAGCUGAAGCGCGCGAUUCUGAAGCUCCUUGCGAAAGAGGCGGACGAAGAGCGUGUCAAGACACUCCGCGAGCAGUUUCGAACUCUGGACGUCCAGCAGGAUGGGUUCCUUUCGCGGGAGGAGCUGCUGCGUGGCUUGCGCCAGUGCCAAGGGUUUGGCGACAUGACCGCUUUGGACCUCAUGCGCCUUCUUCCUCCCGACCUUUUUGGCGAAAAGAUCUCCUUCACCGACUUUACCGCGGCGCUUCUGGCCCGCCAGGGCUUCGGCAAAGCCGAGCUGAUGGCGGCCUUUCGGCGAUUCGACGUGCGGAAGGAAGGCAAGAUCUCUUUAGCCGCGCUGUCGGAAGUCCUGAAAAAUGCCGGGCCUGCGUCAAAGCUUGAAGCUUUCAAAGAAGCAGAUGUUGGCCAGGACGGCGCAAUCGAUUUCGAUGAGUUCUGUGCGCUGAUCAAUGCCUGA